AUGUCGAGUCUCACCGAAGACUACUUUUCCCAGCACCGCCUCGCCCCCAACGGCAGCCACAGCCCAAUCCUCCGCUCGAGCAGCACAGAACCGCAUCCCUCACUCCCCACCGCGGCCGACAGCUCAAACAUCGACGACAUGAUCUCCUACUCCGACUCGGACUCGCAUGACUCAGACUACGACGCCAACGGCCUGCCGUUCCCGAAACCGAUCCAGCGCGCGGCGUUUUCGGCGCCGGGAGCGUUCGAUCCGGAUACGUUCCUGCUCGCGCAGCAUCGGUAUCAGCGGUUGGAGGAUUUGCACUCGCAGCUGGAGGAUUGGUCGAAGGUGCUGAAGAAGGAGUUGGUGGAGCUGAUUAAUCGGGAUUACGCGGACUUUGUGGGGUUGGGGAAGUCGGUUAGUGGGGGGACGGUCAAGGUUGAUGAUAUCAAGCUUGCGGUGAUUGGGUUCCGAAGAGAGGUCGAGGGAAUGAUAAUCCGACUAGACUCCGUCAUACAAGAAAUCGAGGAUCUACUCUCUCAAAAAGCAGAAGUCCGGCAGAAACAAAACCUCGGACGCACACUCUUGUUCUUCGCCCACCGGCUUCAAGAACUCGAGCUCGCAUUACACGUACACGACUCCCCAUCCCCCACCCAAGACGAAAUCGAAUACUCAAGUCCAAUCGACCGCCUCCGCUCGCUCUGCAUGCAAUUCGCAUACAUCAAAAAACUAAUCACAAAGCUCCCGCGCGACCACCCCUUCGUCUCCGCCCAGCAGUCCCGCGUCUCCACCCUCCGCGACUCGCUCCUGUCCGAGAUCCGCAAGGGGCUCAAGGAGUAUAGUCAAACAGGCGGCUCGACGGAUGGGUAUGGUGAUAUUUUUAAGUACGUGUAUAUCAUACAAUGA